AUGAAGACUGGGUAUAGUGGUGAUAGAUGGGUAGUUGAUGCUAAAGGCUACUCUAUUGCUAGUGGUUAUAAAUGGUUGAAGCUUCAAUAUGCAGAUGUGGAUUGGAGUAGUUGGGUCUGGAAUAGGUUGAAUAUUCCCAGACAUCGUUUCAUCUGCUGGAUGAUUAUGUGGAAGAAAAUCAGAGUUAGAGCUCACCUUGCUAAGAUUGGGGUAAUCACUGAUGAUAAAUGCCCUUUAUGUGAAAACAGUGCUGAAACUGUUGAGCAUCUUUUUUUCAACUGUCAAUAUACUAGAAAGUGCUGCAUUGAGCUCCAGUCAAGAAUUGGUCAGAAUAUUAGCUUCUCUUCUUUGGAAGAUUGCUAUCAGAAGCUGUUGGAUAUUAAGGGCAGGUUUCAGAGACAAGUGUUUCAGAGUUGCUAUGCAGGGCUCUUGUAUUGCAUCUGGUGUCAAAGGAAUAAGGCAGUCUGGGAUAAGAGCAUUAUGAAGACUGAGAAGCUGAUUCAGAACUUAUGUAGAGACAUUUAUCAUAGAAUUACUCAAGUAAUGCCUGCUAAAACAAGCAGAAAGAAAAUUGAGUGGUUCAAUGCCUUGUAUUGA